AUGUUCUAUCUCCACAAUACAAUUGAGCCGGCGAACUUUCAUGAAUCUGCCACCGGUGAAUGCGAAGGGGAGGCAGUUGCAAAGAUAAACAUGAAGAAGGAACUUGCAGGUAGAAUAAGACGCCUGGUUAUAUUCAUAAGCCAAUUUCUAGACAUAAAUUCUCUGAAACACCCUGUAGCAUCAAAGUAUAUCUAUAAGCUGCGUACAAUUAAAUAUCCAAGAGGAACAGAUGCGGCAGCCGUGUUCGCCAUCGAGGGCCGAUACACAAUCCUCGAAAAUGUCACUGCAUCAUUUCGGAGAUUGGAAUAUUUAGCGGUUAGUACGCCAAAGCGUGUCAAGAAAAGUCAGCUUUCGACUGAACAUUUCAUUUGA